GAUUAAGCUGAAGUGCAUCUCUCCUCUCGUGCUGUGAAACUCCCAUUGGACUAACUCGCCUUUACUUCGUUUAUUUACCGGAGUGUUCCGUCAAAGCACUGGAUACUUCAUAAAAGUGAGCAUCUUUCUACGAGGUUAAACAUAAGACUAAUGGUUUAUGGAUGGAGACAAGUUUAGGACUCGUGGACCAGAGUUCUCUUUGUAUGCAAGAUAUGGAUGGACCUCACACACAAAGGCAGUUUUAUGAAUCUAAUAUUCUCAACUUAAUCUCUAUAGGGUAUAUAUUUUUAUUAUCAUUUACUGUUCUGCAGGCUUUUUCUAUCUUUUCCAGCACUGCAGAGUUUAAGCUGACCAUGGAUUUUAGGACUUUACGGAUGUGUGCUAUAUGAAGGUUAUGAGCCAAGGCUCCUUGGAGCGCUCAUCAUGAAAACAAACAACAAUCCAUGUUUGAUGCAGACGUUGAGGAACAUCAGAACACGAAGACAGCAAAGCACCUGCAGAAAAUGGAAUUACUCACUGAUGGAACAAGAUCUUUGAAUCUUUCUGUUUGCAGACAUAAGGUGACCUUAGAAGAUUUAACCUGAAGUCUUGAAGAUUUAACCAGAUGAAGAGCUAAAAGAGUUAAACACUUAAGUACACCUAUGCAAUGUAAUGGAUAGGAAAAACUUCCAUAUAACUUGCAUUGCAUGUCGCCGUUUGGGAUGAGCGUUACAGUAAACAAGUUUAUGUAGUGUUAAUUUACUGAACUGCUUAAGGCUCGAACAAUGGUCUACAGACUGAAACAUGGGAAGACCUUUAAAAUCAUGAGUGGACUGAGGGAUCACAUGAUCAAAAAUAAAGCUUUGAGGAAUUGAGGAAGGAUAAGUUCCUCUACAACGUAUCAUCGCAAUUUAGGAUAAAUGGAGGAACGGGACCGCAGUCGCUCACCGUCUCGCAGGACCAGCAGAGUAGAACAGGUGGUGGGACGCUGGCUUCGCCGCUCCAGGGAGUCCACCAGCCGAGAGCGUGUGUUAGAGGACGGGCAAGCUGCCGAAAAUGGCUCUCAGGAGCAGAGGAACUGUCCAAUCAGAGUCACCGUAAAGAUCCAGCUUGACCCCAGCCUGAACUCCCACGGCUUUACGGUGUCUACAGAAACUCCACAUCAGGUGCUGAAUGUGACAGAAGGAGGUCCUGCCGAUGGAAAGCUUGUUGCUGGUGACCAGCUUAUUAGAAUAAAUAAUGUAUCUGUUGAUGAUCUAUCCAGAGAGCAGGCUGCUGACAUCAUCAGGGAAUGUCGGGACACCGUUAUAUUGACUGUCAUGAGAUAUACUGUGGGGCCAAAGUCAUCCUUCAUAACCCCAGAGAAGAGAGCCAAGCUGAAGACAAACCCAGUCAAAGUGAGGUUUGCAGAAGAAGUCGUGGUCAAUGGUCAAUCACAGGGUAACUCUUUGCUGUUCCUGCCCAAUGUUCUGAAGGUCUACCUGGAGAAUGGCCAGACAAAGGCUUUUAAAUUCGAAACUAAAACCACCGUUAAGGACAUAGUGAUGACACUGAAAGAGAAGCUCUCAAUCACACGUAUCGAACACUUCUCUCUCGUGCUGGAGCAACAAUAUAGCACCUGCAAGCUAUAUCUACUGCACGAUGAGGAGACCAUUCAACAGGUGGCUGAGAAGAAGGAGACUCAUGACUAUAGGUGUCUGUUCCGUGUUUGUUUUCUGCCCAAAGACUUUGAGAACAUGCUCAAGGACGACCCCAUAGCUUUUGAGUAUCUAUACCUACAGAGCGUGAGUGAUGUAUUGCAGGAAAGGUUUGCAGUGGAGAUGAAAUGUAACACCGCUCUCAGACUGGCUGCGUUACAUGUACAGGAAAGACUAGCCACCAGUGCACAAUCUCUUAAAACACCACUGAAGGCCGUCAUGAAGGAAUGGGGCAUUGAAAGCUUUGUAUCCCACACCUUACUGCGAAACAUGAGAGAAAAAGACUUGAAGAAAGCCAUCAGUCUCCACAUGAAAAAACUUCUCUCUCAGGACCCUAAGCAGAAGGUGAUCUCAGUAAACCAAGCUAGACUGAACUUCUUGAAUGAGAUAUCUCAACUGAAAAUAUAUGGAGGAAAGGCUUUCUGUGCCACUAUGAUGUUGCAGGACAGAGAGUCAAUGGUGAGUUUGUUGGUGGGAGCUCGAUACGGGAUGAGCCAGGUGAUCAAUCACAAGUUAAGCAUCAUGACAACACUAACUGAGUUCGACUGCAUUACCAGAGUGGAACUAUUGCCUGAAUCUGAAAGAGUUAGCCUGGUCAAGAUCUACCUGCAAGAUAUAAAGCCAAUUACCUUGUUGCUGGAAUCAGCAGCAGCUAAAGAUAUGUUGUGUUUAGUGGCUGGAUACUGCAAACUUCUUGUGGACCCCCUGAUCUGUGUUUUUCCCUGGCCAACUCAUUCAAAGAGCCACCGGAUAUCAGCAGAGGAGGGUUAUGUGUCACACUGCGGCAGUGACUCUGAAGACUCAGACACAGACAUGGAUGCUCUUUUGGCUCAUGUUGCUAGUACUACCAAUAACAACCAAACAGCAGUUAACCCCGGUGAUAAUCUACUUAGAGAAAACGAAAAAGAAAGUCAGAUGGAAAAAGAAGAGGAGGAGAGGGAUAAAGAGAAAGAAGAGGAGGAGAUGGAGAAGAACAGUGAAAGGGAGGACAAAGACACCAUCUGUGAGGUUAUAAAUUCUAACAAUGGAGAGAUGGCAAAUGAUAUGAAUGAUGAAAAAGGGGAAACUGAAAAAGAAGAUAAAAAAGAAGAGAAUAAACUUCAAGAACCACAGUUUGUCAUUAUUGUUGAUGAUCCUUCAUCUGAAGCAUCCGAUUCAUGCCAGACGGAUUCACGUUUCAUGACUAGCAUGUCUAGUGACUCGAUGGAUGCCCUAGAGGAGGAUGACCUCUUGACUUACUUCUCUGCCAGACGCCCAUGCCACUUACCAGUGACAGAGUCUUACUGCAGUGAAGAUAACACUCCAUCCCUAUCUCCAGGGCAACUCCACAGCAAAGAUGUUUAUUCCCUUAGUGAAAUGUGCUCUACUGAUUCAAAUUGUGAGUCUGAUGUAGACCAAUUCUACUGUUAUGCUGCACUCUCAAAUAUCGCUGAAUGUCUUCCCAGUCCUCCUGAAGCAAGCGACGAGGAGGAAUCGGAAGAACUGGGAAUAGAGAACAUAAAGCACAAAAAGGGGUCAUCUGCUAAACCUCCUGAAAGCGCCCCUCCUCCUCCUGGAGACUAUGUGUUUUCAUUUGAACAAGGCGACACAAGACACUACUACAAUAUUUGCUCCAGUGUCACCCCUGACAGUGCCCGCAGCCUUCCACGACCUCUUUCUUCUCCAGGUCCUAGGAAAAGACUGAUGGAUAAGGAAAGCGGGAAAGCAAAUGACAUGGCAACAGUGCCGAUUUAUCAUCCCCCACCAGGGUUUGGAGACAGCAGUUCAGAUGAUGAGUUCUUUGACGCUCAGGAAAGAUUCACAUCACCUGAAGAACUUGCUGCGAAAUCAAAAAGAAAUUCUACACAGCCAAGCACCAAGAUACGCACAAGUAAGAUAGGAAUCUGUCACAGUGAACGAGGAACAGAAGACCCAGAAAAUAAUGGAAAGGAGGAAGAAGUGCAGACAAAUAAGGAAUGUUCAAAGUUUCAAAAAAGAUCCAAGAAGCGCCGCUCAUUCAUGGAAACAAAUUUUACAUCCCUAGUAUCUUUCCCAGAAGAGGAACAGUCAGCUAACAGCUAUGGCAACAGAAUCUCAAACUUGGGUUCUAUAUCGGUCAACCAUGGCACUGGCCGAAUUGCAUGUUUUGAUGGUGGCUGCUCAGAUCAAGGUCCAUGUCUAACAGUCUUAUCCCUAACCAAUUCUGAAGGAGAACCAGCACAAUUGGAAUCCAAACCCAUACACCCAUCAAAACCCAAUGGUUCACCACUCUAUAGUCCCACAGACACAAAAGUUGGGUCACAUUCAAACAAGGCAUACCAACGGAAACAGCAACCUAUAGAGAUGGAACCGGAGUCCAUGGAGUGCAAAUCUGUCACAGAACUAAUGUCUUCUGUAUCACCAACUAUAGUAGCGGUACGUUCCCAUGUGGGGGUACAGGACAAAGGGAACACCAGCAACAAUGACAGAGAUAAUCAGGAGAGGGAUGCAGUAGGAGAUUUGGGUGAGAGAUUGCUUGGAGGUCAUUUGAUGCUUUACCCAUCUAGAGAAACACAUGACAACAGUGCAUCAUCUGAAGAUAAGGCAGCCAAACAAAAGGAAUGUUUAUUCCAGGGCAUAUCAGUGAGCCAAAAGUGCAGCUCACUGCCAAGAAUAGGCCAGAUAACAAAAUCCUGUGUGCCCUGCUUUCAAGUCCCACAUAUAUCAUAUACUACAAGCCCAAAUAUACGUGGCAACAUAAACAAUGGUACUCUAAGUCUAGAUUUUGGGCGGGGAAAAGACUCAAUGGCAACAACAGAGAGGACCAGGAGUCACAGCCUAUCUUCUGGCAAUGAUGGACAUCAGUGUUCGCAAAGCUCCUUAUUUUCCCAGAGAGAACCAGAAUCUGAUGAAAGAGACAGUACCUGUGACCCAUUCAUGCAAGAACUGUCCUCAGGCAUUUCAUCUAUUAAACAAGCCCAAAACUUCCUUCUCACACCCUGUUCAUCUGGCAUCCUUGGGCGACUCUCUGCCUCAACAUUACGGGGAAAGAUUCAAAACCUCCCUCUCUACCUAUCACGCUCUGAGGAAAUGCUAAAUGCUAAUUCUACUGCAAGUUGUAAAGUUAAGCCUGUGAGAAGGUUUUCAGAAUCGCUACUAAGAACAAAUGAAGUUGAGGUAGCAAAAGAGGCAACUGAGGAUAUAACUUCAAAUGAAGGCAUUUCUGACAUAACUGAAGUUAAAGUGGUUACUAUUGUAUCUGAGGAGGUCCCUGAGAUUAUUGAGGAGGUAAGAGAGGUCAGCCACAUAAAUCCUCAACUGUUUGGAAAGCAGAAAAACAAAACUAAUUCCAAAGAGUUUCCUGCAAUAGCCACAUCACACGUGGGUCCUGGGGCACAGCUUUCUCCCUCAGACUCUCUCCAAGUAAGCCAUUCAACUGUAGUGGUUACCACACAAAAUCUAAACGUACCCUGGGUUGUGGCAUCAUCCAGAGAACUAAGUGGAUUUCAAGAAUGUAGCUGCUCUCCUUCAAACACAACCCCCCAUCACUUUAUCUCAAGCUGUGGGGUUUUCACAAACUGCCGGUUGAAACCUACCAUUGCCCAGCCACAAUCCUUGCCCAGCCCCUAUCAGCAACAAAAACCUGACAUAAGCUGUAGCUCAGUACUGGCUUUGGGGUGUGAGAAAGUACUGGAAAGUGCUCAGACACCACUCGAGGCUUGCCAAACGGUAUACACAAACUGUUUCAGUGGAGUCCUAGACAGCGCUACCUUUGACGAUGAACUCACAGUCUAUGAAUUUUCCCACAGAAUGAACCAAGCGGAAACAGAGAGUGGCAUGCUGAUGUCUGUCCCUCCUUCCUCUCUCUCUGCAUCUCCUGCCUCUUUCUCCCCAUCCUCCCCAUCCUCUCCAUCGCCCUCAUUUCCUCAUGUACUGCCACCUUCUUCUGCUGAGUUCAGUCUCCUUCUGUCCCCCCUGGGGACCACCGACUGUUAUCUGUCGGACCCUCACGAAGAUACUAUCACUGCCCUGCUGAGAUGUCGGUAUCCUCUACCACCAACAGGAUUCCUUUCUUUGCAAAGGGAUGUGGAUACACUAAUAAAUAUCCUUGUAGGUGCUAUGAAGAACCAAGACGGGGUCCAGGAGCACUCCAGGGAUACCUGUGUCGACCAUUUUUCAAAAAAUAAAAGACGAUUGCAUGUGGAAGCUCGGGGUCUGUUGGCUGGAUGUCAGCGCGUGGUGAGGGUCGGACAGACACCUGAGGAGACACUUCAAUCACUGUCUGAAAGCUUCCGCUCACUGGUACAGAUGACCAGCGUGUGUUUAUGCUUCUCCAGCUGCCAGCGGUGCAGGGAGCGCCAUGCCCAAGCACUUAAAGGACUAGCAGACUUGGUAAAAACGUUUCAGGACUUUGCUCGUGCGGCAGAACUACUUGGAGGUUCAACUGAAAGAAACACUUGCCAUGAACUCAGUAUUAAACUCCUUGCUCGCCAAUGCACUUCACUAACAACCUCAGUUUUCUGCCUCACCCAGCUUUUUCGCACUCUCACUGCCCUUUGACCUUUUCAAUAGUACAUUUGGAGCAGUUCGUAAGUCAAAAACUAAAGACAAUCUGACAGAAUAAGCAUUCUGUACCAAUCAUAAGCAUGCACUAUGCAUACAUAGGCCUACACUACAAACGCACACGUACAAACACAAAAACCUGCCUUUUAAUUGUCUUUGAAUGCAUUAUCCUAAAAUGACAUCUACAAUGAGAAGACAACAGUGUAUUAAGCAGCUUGUUUUACAGUAUUUGUAUGCUGGGUAUGAGAAUUUAAAAUUGAUUGUAACCGUAAUAGUCUUUUUACUAUGGUACGACAUGUAUUCUGCUUCGUGAGGAAAGAGUAGAUGGAUUUUAAAUGAUCUUUCUUUGAAUACUUUCUGCUCUCUCUCUCCUUUGAUUGUUUUCUCAGUACCAUUGUCACCAAUAUAAUGCAUAUAUUUAUUCUCCUCCUUUUGCCAUGCCUGGUUGCAAGAACAUUUUGUGAAAGGGUCUUUCUGCUGUAUAAACAAUCACCUGGGUUAUAACUAACUACUUUUGUGAUCAGUAAAUAUGCUAGAUGUCUUAAAAAGACUAUACCAAAGCUUGCAGUGAAUGCUGUUCAAAUGCUUAACACUGACGACUUAUACUUUACAGUGACUUCAGGAAGAUGGGUUUUCUUAACUUAAUUUUUCUUAAUAAUUAAUUUAACAGAAAAACAUGAUCAACCGGUCCACUGUGAUUUAUUGUGAUGUUGUUAUUUUCACCCCGCUUUAAUAAUCAAUUCUUUCACAAAACACUGCUCACAUAACCAGGCAAUGAUGACAUUUUUGUAAAUGUAGAAAACGUUUAAAAAGUUCAUACAGUAGCAGUGUGAAAAUACUUCAAAAGGUAUUAAAUGCAAUCUUAAAUGUAGUCCUCCCUACAGUACCAAAGAGCAGCCAUGCACUCUGUUCUUAUAACUAAAGGCAUGCUGUAAGCCAUUCUUAUUGUAUACCUUGGAAAUAGUGGAAUGCAUGAAGACAGACAGACAGAUAUGAAUGCGUGAUUGAGAUAAUUACCAGUGUGAGUGAAUGAAUGGUUGUAGUGAUAAAAAAAAUGGCUUUGUAAUGCAGUAUUCACCCUAUAAAAUGAACUUUAAAUGAAUGGAGAGGUUUGUUUUAUUAUUAUUUACACUUGAAAGUAUUUAAAGUUACACCUGUCCAUAUCAGUGCCAACAUCUGUAGCUGUUGCCCUGUAAAUAUUUUAGUGCAAAAACUGAUUAUGCACUAUUAGACACCAGGAAACACACAUACACAAAAUAUACAUAAAUAAAACAAGACAACAAGGUAUGUUAAAGCCUCCACCAACAAGCUAGACUGAAAAAAAUAUGGAUAAACUUUGGACAGUGGCAUGUGUAAUAUUAAGGUAAACGUAGCUACCUACCUACCUGUUGUUUUUCAAGCUAAGCAGUGAGCAUAAAAUUGUCUCUCUGCUAAAUGG